UGAUCAACUUUUCUGGAUUGUUCUACAUGUUUUUUCUUAAGUGGAUUAUUUUCCCCAUGAGUGAAACCGUUAAGGGGAGGGGGGUGUAUUUCUAAAAAAGGAGUACUUUCUGAAUGAGGCUGAUGACGCACACUCCGCGCACUAUAAGAGAGGAGACCCAGAUCCGCAUCGGUGGACAGAUGGGGCUGACAUUGGCAGAAUCCGACUGCAACAGCCUCUCACUACACUGACAACAGGGGCAUGAACGCGAAUGAGAAGUUUCAGCUCGCGGUUGAUGGCAUCCUGGGAGUGUUCCACUCCUGCGGCGACCUCCUCCAGGCGCGCGUUGCGCACCCGGCGCUCCAGAGCGCAGCUCUCUGCACCCCGAUGCUGCAGCACCCCACCAAAACCAGCAUCAUCAAGUCCGUUAAAGGGUGCUGGAGACCACAGGAUAAGAAGAUGGUGAAGCGCAGGUCUUCAAGCUCCAGGGGAAACAUCCAGUCUGCUGGUGACAUCUCUGUGGAUUUAUCGGGUCUGAUCAGUCACAGGAACUGUCACAGAAUAGUUGUCCUUGGGGCGCCUAGAGUGGGAAAAAGUAAUAUUAUUCGUCGGUUCUUGGGUGAGGAGUUUGAGGAGGGCUACAAACCAACGGCAGAGGACUUCUACAGGAAGCUGUUCUUCAUCGGAGGAGAGGGGUACCAAGUGGAUCUUCUGGAUGCUGCGAGUGAGAGAGACUUCCCAGCAAAGCGGAGAUUAUCUAUUCUGACAGGUGACAUUUUCCUCCUCAUCUUCAGUUUGGAUGACAGAGACUCUUUAACUGAAAUCCACGAGCUGCUCACAGAAAUCAGAGCUGCAAAAGCCAAAUUACUCAAAUCCCACCAUCCCAGGAUGGUACCGGUUGUGGUGUGCGGGAACAAAGCGGACCAGGACGCACGGAGAGCCGUCACGCGCUCGGAUGUGACGGACCUCCUUGGAGAGGACGUCCCAUUCUUUGAAGCGUCAGCCAAAACCGGCGCCGGGCUGCAGGGAGUCUUCCGAGCUCUGGCCGGACUUGGCGGACUCCCCGACGAGACCAGCCCGUCGCGGCAUCAGAUCGUAUCCAUCCCCACCUACCAGUCGCUGUGCGUCGACCAGAGAGGCAGGAGGAGGAGGAGGAGGCACUCGCGGGAGCCGGCUGCGCCCUGCGCCGCAGUGGACCCGCUGGCGCGCCGCCCGAGCUUCACCAGCGACCUGAAACUGGUGCUUGGAUCAAGCACCAAGCAGAAAAAACCCGAGAAGUGUCAGAUUCAAUGAAUCGUGAUGUCUCUCCACAAACAUAUUGUAGUAGUAUGCUGCAAUGUCAUUUAAGUAAAGAGUUAUACUCUGGCACCGGCUGGACCAGUGCGCUUUUCUUGUAAAAUGUGAUGUAAUAAUAAAAGUUAUACAUUUUUGUCAAAUGA